AUGGCCUUCGAAGGAAACAAUUGCACUGCAAUUUCGAACGUGCGCCGACUGCCCCCCUGUUUGUCAAUCGGACACCCACGCGCAACGAUCCCCUGUUUCAAAUCGCCGGAAAUCAGCGGACAGAUCCCUCAAAUUAAGACGGCGAGGAACGAGACUAGGGCUGCAAAAUGGCUCACCGCAUUCGCACUGCCAAAUCUCCGCCCGACGCACCGCCGCCACUGGAAAGCUUCAGCGCCACCACCUGAAAGCUCCGCCGCCGCCGCCGCCGUCCGACAAAAACAGAACACGGUGCCUCGUCGAAAAUGGGGCUGCGACGGCUCGAUUCUUCUGGACGCCGCCGGAGGCGAGAAGUCCGCUGGCCCGAACGCCAACUCCUUGCGUGGCUUCGACGUCAUCGACACCAUCAAGGCGCGCGUGGAGGCCAAGUGCCCCGGCGUCGUCUCCUGCGCCGACAUCCUCGCCCUUGCCCUCCGCGGACCGACUUGGGAAGUGCCGCUGGGCCGGCGCGACUCGACGACGGCGAGCCAAUCCCUCGCCAACGCCAACCUCCCCAGCUCCGGCUCAAGCCUCUCCACGCUCAUCUCCACGUUCGCCAGCAAAGGGCUCUCAGCGACCGACAUGACGGCGCUGUCCGGCGCGCAUACCAUCGGCCUGGCCCGGUGUUCAACCUUCCGCGACCACGUCUACAACGACGCCAACAUCAACUCCUCAUUCGCUGCGCGGCGGCGCAAGACAUGUCAGCGAUCCGGCGGCGACAGCCACCUGGCCCCCAUGGACGUGCACAGCUCGAGGGUGUUUGACAACUCCUACUACCAGAACCUCAUGGCACGCCGCGGCCUGUUCCACUCCGACCAGGAGCUCUUCAACGGAGGGUCGCAAGACGCGCUGGUGCGGCAGUACAGCGCCAACCCUGCGCUCUUCCGGAAAGAUUUCGUGACGGCCAUGAUAAAAAUGGGGAACAUAAACCCGCUCACCGGCACCGCCGGACAGAUCAGGAAGAACUGCAGAGUUGUUAACAGAUAGCUAGGUCGUCUAACAGAUAGAUACUGAUCGGAACAUUGGAUGGUGGGGAUUCUGUAAUGUAGCAAUAGAUAGCACUACCAUAUGUAGUGUCGAUUCUUUUGAAGAACGUAAGCAGUGAUGGUUGA